CAACCCAAAACAAUAAUUCUAAGAUACAUCUAUAUUGAAAUUUGAUAAUUCUACGAAACCACUAUAGAAAACUUUUUUCCAACAAUUUUAACAAGAACCCAAUUAAGAAUUGGAGCUUAUAUAUACAUAUCACACACAAUAUUAAACAUUUAACACAAAAACAAAUAAUGGGUUCACUCAUGAUGACCUCACCAAAGUUUGGCAUAAACAAUGAGUCAAAGCCUAAAAAGCAAUUAAGAACUGGGUCAGUUUCUAAAGAAGAGCCAAUAAAAGUUUUUAGUGGGAGGAAAUGGAGUAUUUGGGACAUGGGCACUGCUGGUGUUAUUUUGGGUUUGCAUUUGCUUAGUCUUUUUGGGCCCUUUUAUUGUAAUUGGGCUGCAUUUUGGGUUGCAUUCACACUAUACAUCAUUACAGGCCUUUUUGGUAUUACUCUCUCUUUUCAUAGGAAUCUCUCUCACCAUAGUUUUAAACUCCCCAAAUGGCUUGAGUAUUUUUUUGCUUAUUGUGGAACUCAAGCUCUUCAGGGACAUCCAAUUACUUGGGUGAGGACACAUAGGUACCAUCAUCAGUUUGUUGAUUCUGAGAGAGACCCACAUAGCCCAAUUGAAGGUUUCUGGUAUAGUCACAUUGGUUGGCUAUUUGAUUCCAACACUGCAUAUCAAAAGAGUGGGAGUCCAAACAUUGUUUUGGAUUUAGAAAAUCAGAGAUUCUAUAAGUUCCUUCAAAAUAGUUACAUUCUUCACCCGAUUGCACUUGGAGUUGUGCUAUAUGCACUUGGAGGGUUUCCUUUCGUGGUUUGGGGAAUGGGUGUGAGGGUGGUAUGUAAUUACCAUGUGACUUGGCUGGUUAACUCUGCUUGCCAUGUUUGGGGCAACCAAGCAUGGAAUACCGGUGAUUUGUCAAGAAACAAUUGGUGGGUAGCAUUGUUAGCUUUUGGAGAAGGUUGGCACAACAAUCACCAUGCUUUCGAGUACUCAGCAAGGCAUGGGUUAGAGUGGUGGCAAAUUGACACCACUUGGUAUGUGGUGAAACUUCUUCAUACCAUUGGAUUAGCUACUAACCUCAAACUACCUACCAAAUCUCACAAGCAAAGAUUAAUGCACGCUCCAACAAAAUAAUUAUAUUUAUAUAUAGAACUUAAAAUAUUUUCAGAAUUAUUAAAAUCCUUUUACUAUUAUAUUUAAAAGUUAUUUGUGGCCUAAUAAUAAUAAUACUCAAUGAAAAUAUACUUGUCAAUUCCUUAUAUACCAUGAUUCUCACCAUUUGUUUUUGGCAAUGUGAGAAUUUUGGUUGCACAAUUACAAGAGUUUUUUAACCA